CUCAUGCAGCAAUGAUAUCUGAUCAAGUAUAUAUGGAGGUUGAAUUACAUGGUCCCUUCUCUACUGAAGUUUCACUUUUGUGACGAAUAACUGCACAUGCACUCUCACACGGGUGUAUAUGAAGAUCACUGGAAGUUUUCUGAUAAGGAACCGUGUGCGCACUUACACUGAUAAGAAAACGUUGAAGAAGUGGUUUUUCAUUGACAAGACUGUGGGUUAAAUCAACUCUGGUUUUUCAUUGACAAGGAGUAGUUGGAAGAAACAACCCCGCUCCGCCUAAUUUCAUCCCCAAAAACAGCAUUUUGCAAUUAGCCUAUUUAUUGAUUUAUUUCUCCACUGUAUAGUAGCAAUAGCUUGCCUGCAAUGUCGGAUCAUGUGGCAAAAAGCCAGCCAGUAUUGGCCCUGCCUUCAAAUCCCAUACCAUCCUCGGUCACACCCAAGAGUCUUUCAUGUUCUUCCCCGAGUGUGACAUACAUCAGCAGGCGUACACUUGUUGAAGUCGCCGAUGGACUGCUUGGUGUGAUGACACCAUCGCCAACCCAUAUGAAGCCAUCUGUGAAUUCUGAUUCUGAUGGUCCAUCUGAUGAAGUUUCUGCUUACAAAGCUUGGCUGGCAACAUGCCCUUCUGCUUUAUCUUCCUUCAACCAGAUCAUAGGCAGUGCGCAAGGCAAGAAGAUCGCCUUGUUUUUGGACUAUGAUGGCACUCUUUCGCCUAUUGUCAAUGAUCCUGACAAAGCGUUCAUGUCGCCCGAGAUGCGUGCUGCUGUGAAGAAUGUCGCAAAGUUCUUCCCUACGGCAAUCGUCAGCGGGAGGUCCCGUGACAAGGUGUUUGAAUUUGUAAACCUGAAGGAGCUCUGCUACGCUGGAAGUCAUGGAAUGGACAUAAUGCUAUCUUGUGCAGAUUCUGAAAGUAAAAUAGAAGAUGACAAAGAAGCCAAACUCUUCCAACCUGCAAGCGAGUUUUUACCCAUGAUCAUUGAGGCUUACAACUCCCUGGUGGAGGCCACUAGGUCAAUCAGGGGCGCAAAUGUUGAGAACAACAAGUUCUGUGUAUCUGUACAUUACCGCAACGUCGACAAGCAGGACUGGAAUUCAGUCGCGCAACUUGUCAACGAUGUGCUGAAAUCUUUUCCUCGUCUCAAACUAACAACUGGACGAAAGGUUUUAGAGGUUCGUCCAGUGAUUGACUGGGACAAGGGCAAGGCCGUGGAGUUCCUGCUGCAGUCGCUCCGGCUAGAUGACAUUGGAAGCGUUCUCCCUAUCUACAUCGGAGAUGAUCGAACCGACGAAGACGCGUUCAAGGUGCUUCGCCAGCGGAACUCUGGGUACGGGAUUCUGGUUUCGCAGGUGCCCAAGGAGACUGAAGCCUUCUACUCGCUACGAAACCCAUCUCAAGUGAAGGAGUUCCUAGAUUCCCUAGUGAGAUGGAAGGAGCAAGCGCAACCAGUCCAUGAUCAAGAACGAUAACCCAGUAAUAGCCCAUCAUCAGUUGAUUUUUCAGAUUAGCCUGGCAGAAAUGACGGUAGCAGACUAGCAUUUCCGGGGCGACUAUUUCACAGCGCCGGAGGUGGAUAGGGUUGUAGGCCAACCUACUACUAAGAUGACUUUUCUGUUGUUAUUGUUUUUCUCUUUGUUUA